CGACCAUGCACGGUGUCCUUUAUGAACCUUAUCUAGAAACAGAAGCCCUGGCUAAUAUAAAAUUUUACCGAUACUCCUGCAUUGACAAAUCCCUUAUUUACAAAUAUGUUAUUAGACGAUGGUGUGACCUGGUUAUCAAUCUUUUUCCAAUGUGGAUGGCUCCGAACUUUAUAACCUUGCUUGGAUUUGGCUUUAUCAUGGCAAACGUAUUUUUACUUUCCUCCUUUCUGCCAACGUUGCUCGGACAAGGACCUUGCUGGAUAUAUUUAUCUUUUUCUAUCGGAUUGUUCUUAUACCAGACUUUUGACAAUAUUGAUGGACGGCAAGCACGGCGUACUGGGACUUCAUCUGCACUGGGCCAUAUCUUCGACCAUACUAUUGACAGUCUGAACUGUGCGCUUGGCGGUUUGCUCCAAGUUGCCUCCUUAUGCAUAGGCCCUUCUGCGAAGGGCGUGUUUCUUAUCCUCGUUGGAUGCUGUGCCAUGUGGUUUAGUACAUGGGAAGAAUACCAUACUGGUACACUUUAUCUUGGUUAUUUCAACGGCCCGACGGAGGGUGUUCUGAUCGCCUGCGCAAUACAUCUCAUCUCUGCAAUUUUUGGUCCCCAGAUAUGGCUUACCCAAGUCAAGUCGUUUGAGAUACUUGGCUGGCAGACGCCGGUAUUUCAUCUUUACGACAUCGUCGUUUUUGCAGCGUUGGCGUCUCUCUUAUUCCUGCACAUACCCGAAAGCGUCUUUAACGUAUACAAAUCCCGUCGAGCCGCAAACCAGCCCUUUCUUCCUACUCUCCUCCAGCACCUCCCCUUCUUACUCUUCCUAACUCUUGCCUGCUCCUGGUCGCUCUCCCCGAGUUCCCAUAUCCUCUCGCAUAGUCUCACCUAUGCUUCGCACAAGGGACGCGCUAUCGGCGGGCUCAUUGAGUUUGCCCUUCUUGUGAUGUUCGCGUUUGGGAAACUUGGACCGCGAAUUAUACUUGCGCGUCUUACUCGGUCUCCGUUCCCGUGGCUUAAUUUCGGUGCUUUUGUCCCACUUGCCAUUGGCGCGAUUUACGUGAACUUUGGUAGUGUCAUCAAUGGCUUCCAUCCCUCCGCGCAAACCGAGCGUCUGCUGCUUCAUACCGCAGUGCUUAUGGCUGGCUUUGCUUUCUUACACUGGGCGCACUUCUUGAUUGAAGGUUUCACGCACACGCUUGGAAUCAACUGCUUUACGAUAAAGGCGAAGGCUGGUGUUGAAGAUAAGGCAUGACGACUAUAUCAUCAAUUAUUACGAAGGAAUGUUAAUGUUGGUUUCUGACGUCACUUUUAUCAUGAACUUCAUUCACAAAAUUGGGAUUAAUUUGGGUUAGAGGAUAGCUACUUAAUGACUUUUCUUUAAGGUUUUGUUGCAGUUUGGAUUUUCACUUCACUCGC